AUGAAGUUCACCACCGUGACAGCCGUUCUCACCGCGGCCGUCGUCGCGGCAGCCAGCAACAUCGCCCUGCCCGCCGGUGUCCCUCGGUCGAUCCAGCAGUUCCGAGAGAAGCACCCUUACAAGCCAUCUCACCCUUCGGGACAGCAUGGCAAGCGGCGCGUCGUGACAAUCCGGUCCAGCCGCAAUGACACGGACGACGUCUCCUCGGAGUUCAAGCAGGCCCUCCAGCGCGCGAACCACGGCGGAACGCUCUUCCUACCGGCCAACGAGACCUUCAUCAUCGGCCAGCCGCUGGAUCUCACAUUCCUCGACGACGUGCACGUUCGUCUCGAUGGUGAGAUCAAGUUCACCGACGACACUCCUCACUGGCAGAGUGUAGCCUACACCCAUCCAUUCCAGAAGACGAUCAUGUUCUGGAAAUGGGGCGGCAAGAACAUCAAAAUCUAUGGAGAGGGGUUUUUGAACGGCAAUGGUCAAAGGUGGUGGAAUGAGUUUGCCGGACUGGAGAUCCUGAAUCCAGGUAAUACGUACCUGCGGCCCGUGUUGUUCUAUGCCCAGAACGCCACCGACCUCUCCAUCGAGGGGAUUCACAUGAAGGACUCACCAUGCUGGACGAACUUCGUGGUCACGUCAUCAGGAGUGUCAUACCGCGAUGUGAUCAUCACCGCCGAGUCCAACAACGCCAGCUCCCUGCCGAAGAACACGGACUUCUUCGACUCGCUCAACGUCAAGCACCUGUCGGUCGAGCGGACGUGGGUGAACAUCGGAGACGACUGCUUCAGCCCCAAGUCCAACGCCUCCGACGUGCACGUCGACACGAUGUACUGCAACGGCACGCACGGCCAGUCGAUGGGAUCUAUCGGACAGUACGCAGGCGAGAAGUCUAUCAUCGAGGACGUCGUGAUUGAGAACAUCUGGAUGCUGAACGGGCAGUUUGGCGCGCGCCUGAAGUCCUGGGCCGGGCCUGAUGUUGGUUAUGGCUACAUCAACAACGUCACGUUCCGCAACUUCUGGAACGCGAACAACGAGUACGCGGCAUUCUUGGAUUCCUGCUACUUCAACAUCAACGCAACGACUUGUGCGGCGUACCCCUCACAGGUGAAUGUGACCAAUGUGCACUUUGAGAACUUCUCAGGCUACACGUCCGGCAAGUACGGGCGCGCGGUGGCGUCCCUAACCUGCAGCUCCAACCCGAACGCUAUCUGCGAGAACAUCACCUUCAAGAACUUCACAGUGACGUCGCCCUGCGGCAACGGGACGGCUAGCAAUGCGGUCGUGAUAUGUGACAACAUCAGGGGUGACGUCGGCGUGGGCUGCGUCAGCUCGAACAGCUCGGUGGCGAUCGCAGCCAAGGCGGAUAAGUGCAGUGUCCCAUUGGCAACACUGCCGCAGGCCACCCCGUGGGUGAGGUAG